AUGACAUUAUCUGAUAAAAGAAACGAUAUUCAUGCUAAACUUAUGUCUUAUUAUCCAGAAGUUUCAGAGUGGUGUAGUCCAUUAUUACCAGGAUAUAUCAUGAUUAUUGCGAUUGUUAUAAAUUUUAUUAUGAUGAUACCAACAGGUGUUAUUGUAGCAGUAACCAAUAUGACAUUGAUUCUAGCUGUUCCCAUUGAAAUUCUUAGUAGUUUUAUCUUACCUGGUAAUCCUAUUGGUUUCUUAACACUUCGAGUCUAUACACAAUCAUGUCAAUAUCAAAUUAUACAUCUUUUAUUUAGUUUUAAAUUUGCUCAUUAUAUGAAGGUAAAAAUAAUCUUGUUCAAAAAUUUUAUUUAAAAUGAAAUGUAGAUUCCACCUCGUAUUACAUUUUCUAUGUUAUUGACAUCUGUAAUAAUUGCUAGUAUAGUGCAUUAUAUAACAGCCAUAUAUCUUCUUUAUAAUGU